CCGAACUCCCUGUGUCCAACUCGUUCCCUCGCAAACGUCACACCACCCACGACGACUCUCCCAGAAGCCCUCGCAAUUCCGGAAUCACCCUUAGACAUACACGCUCUCCACCUGAAAUGACAGCCCCGCCAGAUAUAGCAUCCUCACAUGAGAUGCAAGCUCCCAAUGAAACGCCCCCCGUGAUUCCAGUACCGAAAGAGACGGACGAUAACUGGGCUGAGAAUGCCGAGGAAAGGCUCAAGUCUCUUGACCGAAAAACUAUUCUCUGGUGCCUGAGCAUGCACGCUCUGUGUGUCACAUGCGUUCUCACAUCAAUCGUCGUCCUUAUUCUGCGUUCAAGAGGCGUAACCCCCUUCAGAGUCUACCAUGAGAUAACCUAUUGCGUCUUGGGCAUGGGUUUAUUGAUGGUGUACACCCACGUCGCCGCGAUACGACUCGGGAAUCUUCGUCCCAAAAUUGUCAGCCAACUGAAGAUGCUGCGAUCCCGUGCAGAACAAGGAGAACCUAAACGUCGGCUGCUCGAAGGUGUUGACGAUUUGGAAAAAAGUUUCUCAUGGUCGUUCUGGAAGUUGAGGAUGCAAAACUGGAACUAGGUGAGGGGCUAAAUAGUGACGGCAGCGUUGGAGUAUCCUUCCACAAGAUCAUGGUUCCUUGUUAUCCUUGCAGAUCAACUCUUGUUAUUCGCGAGACGAAAGCACAGUCAUUAGCAAUAGUCUAACUACCCGAGUAUAAU